CUUGACAGCCGACGUAAUGUAGUAGAUGUAACAGAUAAUGGACAAACGUUUUUUAACGGAAAGUUGAAGUAGUUGUGACAUUUUCACCCUUUCACAUGAUACGUGAUGAUUUAUUACAUUGAAGAAAAAGAGGUAGUCAUAAAAGCCAGCUAUUGAAUUCUCACCUUGUGUGGGCGCGGUGCCACACACCACGCCUGUAUUAUUUCACCGUCAGGGCAUCACUAAAACGUGGCAGUUACUCUCUCCAUUUGUAGUUGAAGACUGAAGCAGAGCCUGGCUUCAUACCCUGCUCUGUCGGAAUCCAAACCAGAGAUGAGAACCCAGGGAGAUGUCCUUUGCUUCUCAGAUGUAAUGCACUUUUAAGUUUGUUGUUCAGCAGUGAAAAUGAGUCAUACAGAGGCUAAACUAAAAAUACCUUUUGGAAAUAAGUUACUAGAUGCUGUUUGUUUGGUACCUAACAAGAGCUUAACAUAUGGAAUAAUUCUUACACAUGGAGCAUCAGGAGAUAUGAAUCUUCCUCAUUUGAUGUCACUGGCAUCCCAUCUUGCAUCCCAUGGUUUUUUUUGCCUGAGAUUUACCUGUAAAGGCCUUAAUAUUGUACACAGAAUUAAGGCAUAUAAGUCAGUUUUGAAUUACCUAAAGACCUCAGGAGAAUAUAAACUUGCAGGUGUUUUCCUUGGUGGUCGUUCAAUGGGCUCAAGAGCAGCUGCUUCUGUAAUGUGUCAUAUUGAGCCAGAUGAUGCUGAUGAUUUUGUUCGAGGUCUCAUUUGUAUUUCUUAUCCACUGCACCAUCCAAAACAGCAGCAUAAACUCAGAGAUGAAGAUCUCUUUCGUAUAAAAGAUCCUGUACUGUUUGUGUCAGGCUCAGCAGAUGAAAUGUGUGAAAAGACCUUGUUGGAGAAAGCGACACAGAAAAUGCAAGCUGCCACUAAAAUCCACUGGAUUGAGAAGGCAAAUCAUUCCAUGGCAGUUAAAGGACGGUCAACAAAUGACGUUUUCAAAGAAAUAAAUACUCAGAUUUUGUUUUGGAUUCAAGAAAUCACUGAUAUGGACAAGAAAUAAUUGUCAUUAGUUAAAAGCCAUGUUAUUUUGCAUACAAAUACUGUUAAUUUGAUAAAGAACAGUAUACCUCUCAGCAUUAUGAGAUAUAUUUCAGACUAAUUUAAUGUUCUUUAAUGUUCCCCUAUUUUUUAAACACGUUGUAAUUGUGAAUGUCCUUUACAAAAUGUCUUUUGAAAGCACUGUUACAGUUAUAUAAAGAUGAUGUACAAAUGUGAAGGUGGUCUAAAUAUAAUUUAUUUUCAUUAGUAUAGUUAUGUUUUGAA